AUGGCCAAGUGCCGGAUUGGUCACUUUGUUGAGUCGCAGGUCCUGCAGCAGAUCGGUGUGGACUGCAUCGAUGAGAGCGAGGUCCUGACCGUCGCGGAUGAAGGAAACCACGUGAACAAGACCAAGUUCAAGGUGCCCUUCGUGUGCGGCUGCCGCAACCUUGGCGAGGCCUUGCGCCGUGUGGCCGAGGGCGCCAGCAUGAUCCGCACGAAGGGCGAGGCUGGAACCGGCGAUGUCGUCGAGGCCGUGAGGCACAUCCGUACUCUGCAUAAGGAGAUGCGAAUGGUGCAGAUGAUGGACGAGGACGAGCUCUUCACCUACGCCAAGGAGAUCGGUGCUCCCAUCGAUCUGGUGCAGCAUGUGAAGAAGACUGGAAAGCUGCCGGUGGUGAACUUCGCAGCGGGUGGCGUGGCCACCCCUGCUGAUGCCGCCCUCUGCAUGCAGCUCGGUGUGGAUGGCGUCUUCGUCGGCAGCGGCAUCUUCAAGUCUGAGGAUCCUGCCAAGCGCGCCCGCGCGAUCGUGAAGGCAGUGACCCACUUCAACGACCCUCAGGUCAUUGCGGAGGUCUCUGAGGACAUUGGCGAGGCGAUGACUGGAAUCAACUGCGACGGCCUUGCAACUCGCUUCGCGGAUCGGGAAGGCGGCAACAUGCCAGCGGCCAAGAAGGCCCGCAUGGAAUCCUAUGGCGAUCACAAAGGUUUGGCGGGAACCGCCUUCUGA